AUGAGCAGCGGGGAGGAGGGUCUCGACGAGGACGACUUCGGCUUCCGCGGCCGCGCGGAGACGCCCGAUGACUCCGUGGAGGGCGACGGCGCCAAGACGAAGCGCAAGGACAAGAAGCGGCGGAAGAGGACCCCCGCGGAGAAGGAGGCGAGGCGUCUGCGUAAGGAAGCCGAGGCCGCGGCCAGGAACCCCGGGGGGGCGUCGCCCAGCGGGAGCGUGCCGAGCGACGACAGCGCCAUGAGCAGUGGCAUUUUCGGCUCUAGGAAGUCCAACAAGGUCGCACCCGCGCCCUCGGGCAAGAAGGGGAAGGGCGAGGGCGAGGCGACGAAGGCGGCCCGAGGGAACAAGGCGACGAAGACGAACGAACCGGGCGGAUUGAUCAUGGGCGCAAACGUCAAAAAGUGCCCGACGUGCAGGUUCCCCGUCAUCAUCGGCGCGCGAUUCUGCGCCGGAUGCGGCACCCGCAACGAGGACCAGAGCGCCGUCGAGCACCUCCUGCGAGACAUCGACGGCGAGGCCAGCGUGAGGGCGAUGAUCGCCGCGGCCAAGGAGAACGGUCUCGCGGCGCCCGACUUUCGCGAAGGCAUCACUUUAAUCACGGCGCCGCCCCCGCCCGCGAUGGACGGCGCCGACCCGGUGGUUGUGCACGUGUGGGACCCUGAUUGGGCGAGGUGCGGUCGGCUGUGCCACCCGUGCGGGUGGGACUGCGACAAGGACAUGUGGCCGGAGCCGCGGGAUCCGGAGGCGCCGGGCGAGACGUUGGCUCCGUUUCGAGAGCGAUUUUUGUACUACCUCUGCGACAGGCACCAGGUGCUGGUGUGCGUGUUUCACGACCAGGACGACGACUUCAGCGCGGUGGAGAGGCAGGUGAGCAUCGUGUGCACCGUGAUGCAGUGCUGGUGGUGCACGCUCAUGCUGGUCAGCGGGUUGGAAGAGGCGGAGGCGGCGACGGAGGAGGCGAGGGUGUCCGUGCUGCCGGAUUUCGUCAUCGUCGCAAUCGUCACCGACCUCUUCACCACCCUCUUCGAAGCCUUCUCCAAGUUUGAGUACAGGAACAUGGAGAUCGGGCGGGUCAUCACCGUGCCGCUCUUCAUCGCGCACUUGCUCAUGGCGGCCAUCACGACGUCCGGGAACGCGCACAGAGACGAGCUGCUCGCGAAGACGUCGUGGAUGUUUGUCGUCGCGUUGGCGUGCGAGUGGCUCGCGAUCCAGCCGCUGUACGUGGCGACGCGGGUGUGGCUGUACGGCGUGGGGUGCAGGUGCCGGGGCGUACCCAUCGGCCUCGGGCCCAAGUCGCCGUUCUAGGAGAAGAGGUGGGAGAACACGAGUGGUGCGAAUUCGUCCUCGCGGGCUCGCUGAAAAGCGAGGCUUCUUAAUGUUAGACUAACUAGAUGUACAUUAAAAAUGAGACGUUUGUCGUC